AUGCCACCAGCAAAGAGAGAUCCUCGAUACAGUGUGCAGGACGUAAUUUCCAUCGUCCAAAACGGAGAGAGUGGUGUGGACCUGGAUUUUGACGACACUGAUGCAAGUGACGAAGAAUCAGAUAGCGAUGCCUGCGUGGACAAAGAAAACAGAGAACCUGAUUGCCCAGCCAAUGUGGACAUUGAGCCCCCAUCAAACAGACACACCAUGCCCCGUGACAGAUAUCGCUGGCAAAAAAAAGAUUUUAUCAGUCCCAAUACUGAUUUUUCUGGUCCAGCUCUCACAGAUGAUGUCACCUCCAUCCACACACCACUGCACUACUUCCAGAAGUUUGUGUCAGAAGACAUGGUUGAAGCUCUGGCAACAAACACAAAUGAGUACAGCGUUCAAAAUCACGGAAGAUCAGUCAACACAAAUACUAAAGAAAUACAGACAGCAUUGGGCAUGUCCCUGAGGAUGGGCCUGGUACAAAUGCCUGGAGCCCGUAUGUACUGGGAGACGGACACGCGGCACCCACCUGUUGCUGAUGUGAUGCCACGCAACAGAUUCCAAUUGCUGUUGACAACAUUGCAUUUUGUAAACAAUUUUACAGUGUCGGAGACUGAAAAGAGGGACAAACUCUGGAAACUCAGACCAUGGCUGGAUUCACUCAGAGAGAAUUGCCUGCAGGUGGUACCAGAAGAGCACAAUUCUGUGGAUGAGAUGAUGAUACCUUUCAAGGGGAAGUUCAGCAGCAUCAAGCAGUAUAUGCGAGGCAAGCCACACCCAUGGGGGUUUAAAGUAUGGGUGAGAGGUGGAAUCUCUGGCAUGAUGCUUGACUUUGAUGUUUACCAAGGGAGCAUCAAUGGAGUUCGAGUCAAAUCUGAACUUGGACUGUCAGGUGACGUGAUGAAGCUUGCCUCCACACUUGCAAAGGGUCAAAAUUACAAGAUCUACGCAGACAACUACUUCACCUCGGUUCCACUGGUAGCGAAGCUCCUUGAGCAAGGAAUACAUUAUGUGGGAACAGCCAGGCAGGUUCGCCUACCCAACUGCAAUCUUGAAGAUGAGAAGAGCUUGAAGAAGAAGGGCAGAGGAAACUUUGACCACAGAGUGGAGGGGAAACACAACAUCUGUGCUGUCAAAUGGUACGACAACAGGGCGGUCACACUUGUGUCAUCCUUCGCUGGGCCAGAACCUGUGCAGGAGAUUCAACGCUGGGACAAAGUCACCAAAACCUACAUUGACGUCGGAAGGCCUUACAUUGUGGGUGUCUACAACAAAUACAUGGGUGGUGUGGAUUUGUUGGACUCAUUUACAGCGAAAUACAAGUACGCUCUGAAAUGCCGGCGGUGGUACAUGUACAUCUUCUGA